AGUAAAAAAAAAGAAAAAGAAAAAGAAAAAGAAAAAAGAAUCGCUCUGUUUGUAAACUGUUAACUUGGUUGCUUCAUAUGUAAACGGACACGUAUCCUCAUUCCAAUUUACUACCCAAAAAAAGGUGUCGCCGCCGUUGAAACGGAAUUCUCGCCGGUAAACAAGUUCCGGCCACCAUGACAGAAAAGUUUAGAUUAGGGGAAAGUUCACUUCCAUAUAAGGCCAAAGAAGACCACCAAACUCAGCGAGGAUUUAUGGCAGGUAUACGUGUCACUUAUCAACCGGUUGUUCUGGAAUCUAACCAUAGUCCUGGUCUUGCAAGAGCAGAAGGUCCACCAGGGAUGCAUCCAAAAGUAUACCAUACUCGUAGUUCUAGUGACAAAGAGAAAGCAAAGUACAUGGUUUGGACAAAUGAAAUGGACAAGUGCCUAACUGAGGUACUCGCUGAGCAAGUGAAAAAGGGGAACAAAGUGGAUAAUAUCUUGAAGCCAGCAGCAUUUGCAGGUGCACUGAAAACAUUGAAUGAGAAGUAUGGUAUGUAUGUGACAAAAGGACAAAUAAAAAAUCGACUGAAGACAUGGAGGAAGCAGUUUGGGGUUUUGAAGGAACUCCUUGCUCAUACGGGAUUUAUGUGGAAUGAGACAAAAAAGAUGGUUGUUGCGGAUAACUCUGUUUGGAAUGACUACAUCAAGGUACACCCUGAUGCGAGGAUUUUCCGAGCAAAGUCAAUAGAAAACUAUGAUCAGUUAUGUACUAUCCUUGGAAAUGAUCAAGCAAUUGCAAGUUUUUCUGACAAUGUUACAGAAAUAGAUGUAAACUUUGCCGUUGAUAAGGGGGAUCCAGAUCUUGCCGUUGUGUCUGAAAUACAAACUGAUGGAAACCAGACCAAAUGCCUCAGGUGGACAGCUGAAAUGGACCAUUGGCUUGGAAAGAUUCUUGUAGAACAAGUGAGGAGAGGGCUUAAAGUAGAUAAAGUUUUGCUGACAGAAGCAUAUGACACAGCUGUUUCAGCAAUAAAUGCAAAAUUGGGGCUUCAUCUAACAAAAUGCAAUCUUAAAUAUCGUCUUAAAACUUGGAAGAAACAGUAUGAACUAUUAAAGGAACUUCUGUCUCAUACUGGAUUUAAGUGGGAUGAAACAAAGAAAAUGGUCAUUGCAAAUGAGUCUACAUGGAGUGACUACAUCCGGACACAUCCAGAUGCAAGGACUUUCCGAGGUAGAAUUUUUCAGAACUAUGAUCAGUUUUGCAUUAUCUUUGGCCAUUUUAACAAGCCUUUGCAUUGGGAUGAAUCUGAGCCUUGUGAUGAGCCAGUUGAGGCUCUAAGUGUCUGUCCAGUUAACUAUGAUAUCAAUGUUAAAGAUCAAGGAAGGCAAAUAAGAUGGACAAGUGACAUGGACAGCUGCCUUAGUGAAAUCCUUGUGCAGCAAAUAAAGCAAGGUAACAGAAGCAAAUUUGACUACAAAUUGAAAUCUGCUGCAUUUGAAGCAGCUGUGUUGGUUAUUAAUGAAAAGUUUCAGCUUUAUUUGGUGAAAGAACAUGUUAAAAACCGCCUUAAAACAUGGAAGAAACAGUAUGAUAUUCUGAAGGAACUUAUGAACCAGAGCGGCUUUGAAUGGGACGAGAAGCAAAAAAUGGUCAUUGCAAAUGAUUCUGUAUGGAAUGAAUAUAUAAAGAAAAAUCCUGAUGCUCGGCUUCUUAAAGGGCGAGUUAUCAGAAACUAUGACGAAUUGUGCAUAAUUAUUGGUCAUUGUGAUCCACCAGAUAGUUCCACGAAUGAUGCUUGUGCUAAUAUGGGUAUGACUACAAACGAUAGUGUUAUGGAGGUUCAAGAGACGAACUUUCGUAGAACCAACUCGGCAAAAGAAAAAGGAAAGAAUGUGUCAUGGACAGAUGAGAUGGAUCAUUGCUUGACAGAGUUGCUAUUCAAUCAAGUAAUGUUGGGAAACAAGCUUGAGAAAAAUUUCAAGACCUCAGCAUAUAUAGCUGCACUAAAUGUUCUAAAUGAGAGAUUUGGCCUGAAUAUAACAAAAGAAAACAUUAUAAGCCGGUUGAAAACAUGGAAGAAACAGUAUGGCCUUAUGAAGGAAAUGCUCUCUCAAGGGAGAUUUGAGUGGGAUGAGGAACGGAAGAUGGUUGUUGCAACUGACUUGGAUUGGGAUGCAUACAUUAAGAAACAUCCUGAUGCUAGGCAUUUGAGAGACCGGUGUAUUGAGAACUACCAUGAAUUGGGUAUGAUUGUUGGCAAUGAGCAAGGAAGUGGAAAUUGGUCCGAAAACAUUGAGAUGUUUGACGUAAAUCUUACACCUAACUAUGAAGAACUUGCAGGAACUCCAGCGCCAGUGUUGGCUAAUAAUGUAGAGAUGAGCCAUGAUGGUAAUGCAAGUGAUGAAGUGCAGGGUUCAUCUGAGCAGACAAGGGCAAGGCCUUCAUCAUCACAAUCACAUUCAAAGCAACCGUCAAAAAGAAGACGUACCAGUGAUGUUAUGCUACAAAUGAUGAGUGUUAUGGCUGCAGAUAUCAGUCGAAUAGCUGACGCAUUGAGUGAAAGUAACAAGACUGUGUGCUUGGAGGAAGUAGUUGAAAAGGUACAAAAUAUGCCUGACUUUGAUGAUGAUCUCAUCAUCGAAGCUUGUGAGUAUUUAUGUUUUGAUGAGAAGAGGGCAUUGAUGUUUUUGAAAUUAGACGAGAGAUUAAGGAAAAAGUGGUUGUUGAAAAGAUUGCGUGGUCAAACAGAUGUUUGAAUUAUUUUCUUCUUAGCAUCUUCUUACUUGAGGUACCUCUAGUUUAGGUUGUUACUUUUUGUAAUAAGAAACUAACAUUGAGGGGAAGUGGGAAAAAGUUAUGGAAUGACAAGCUGCUUCAGCUUUCCUUCUGCUGUUUA